CUUCUUCCUCACAUAUUUAAAAAGUUUACAUUAUAGUUCAUAUUUAAAUUUAUAAAAUCAUGACUUUGAAGUAACGUGUUAUGUAUUAUACGUUCCAAGACAAAAUCAGUCACGACUGAGACGCAAAAGUGUACAGGAAACAAACUCAGUCUUGUAGAUAACGAACGUUUAAAAUUUUUCUUAUUAGACCUUUCUUUAUCUUGUCUACGUUAUAAAAUUUUAAUAGUUAAAAUUGUAUAAAGACUUUUGUGCGUUUAUAAGAGAACAAAGAAAAAAAAAGUUUGUAAGGAACUACGCAAAGUUAAUUAUCAACUCAAUACUGUUCAACUCGUUACAGAAGUCUAUUAAAAAGAGAUAUUUUUAUUGAUUACAAAAGAUGAUUAAGUUUAAAAUUUCCGCACCGGGCAGAAUCGUUUUAUCCGGAGAGCAUUCGGCGACGUAUGGAAAACAUUAUGUUGCGACCAGUUUAAAUCGUCGUACCAAACUUAUAUUCUACGAAUUACCUGAUAAGAACAAAAUUGAAAUAGAUUUUUCUCAAGUUAAGCUAAAGCUUAAUAUACCUUUAGAAGAAGUUCGAGGCUUUCUUUCUCAAAAAAAUGACAUAAAAUCAAAUCCAAUUAAUGUGCUUAACUACGUGAAAUCCUUGAUUACUUUAAACGGUAUGUGGAGAACAUUCGAGCAGAGAUUCAGUUUAAAAAUAUUCUUUUUCAUGCUUUAUACUAUCGCUUACAAGGAGACUCUUGACAUAACAUCUUUUCAUGUGCGCGUGUCCACAAAUAUAUAUAUGGGAGCUGGUCUUGGCAGUUCGACAUCUUUCGCGGUAUGUCUUGCGGCGUGCUUUAUACAUUGGAAGAAUCUACAGACGGGACAUUCUAUUCAAUUUAGUAAUAAUAAAUUUUUGAAGAAAGUUGAAACUUACGUUAGUUUUUGCGAGACAUUUUUGCAUAGUUAUGAAUUUAUAUACACAACAACGACAGCCGACGUCAACAUUUGUGUAUACGGCAAUACAGUGAAAAGUCGACUUGUCGAUCACAUAAAUAUUGAUCCAUUGUUCGCAAAGAUGGCAAAAAUGACGAUUCUACUGAUUAAGUCAAAUAUUUGCCUGAAAAAGAGCGAACAAGCGAAAAAAAUGGCAAAUCUCGAAUAUGAAUCUCCUCAAUUUUAUUCUAUAUUAAAUCAAUUUGACGACGUAGCAUUAAUACUAUUUGAUGGGCUCGUUUCAGUAAAUGAUAGGAACUUAGAAUAUCAAGAUCAAAUGUAUUAUUACAAUAGAUUACAGGCAUGCAUUGGGUGGAAUCAACAAUUACUGAGCACGUCGAAAUUGUCGGAUGAGGCAUUUGAUAAUAUUUGCGCAUUUGCAAACAAUAUUGGAUUGCAGGGAAAACUUACAGGUUUUGGAGCUGGAUUUGUAUACAUUUUGCUACCACCAAACAUUACAAACCAAGAAGUCGAAAAUAUUAGAAAUUAUUUUCGAGGACAGAAUUUUGAUGCUAAACCUAUCAGCAUCAAUUGUGAUGGAUUUUAUGUACUAAUGUGACUUAUCGGUUUAUAAUUAAUGUAACUAAGGAAUAGAAGUAAAAUAUUUCUGCUUCAGGAUUCUCGAGCUAAAAUUCAUGGUACAUUUAGAUAAUAAUUAAGUCAAAACGAAGGAAGCUGUUAUAAUUGAGAUAUAUAAUUUAACAGAGAUUGCGAUAUAUUUAUCUUUU